AUGUCGCUACGUCGUUGUUUUUCGUUACGUAUAUCAUUUUCGCUGACGGCAGAAAUCCCAAGCAACUACGUCCUGGAGCGCUACUUCACGCAUCGCCCCUCCCUCUGGGUCGGUACUAUCACUUUCUUCUGGGGCGUGCUGAUGACGCUGCACGGUGUUGUCCAUAACUUUGGCAGUCUGCUCACGCUGCGCCUGCUGAUGGGCGCCUUUGAGGCUGGCUUCUUCCCUGCUGCUGUCCUGAUUAUGAAUAAAUGGUAUCUCAAGUUCGAGCUCUCGGCGCGUGUGGCUAUCUACUACGCUGGGGCUGCCAUUUCGGGCGCCUUCUCGGGCCUGUUGGCCUAUGCGCUUGCGAAGAUGGAUGGUAUCGCUGGGGUUGCGGGAUGGAGAUGGAUCUUCAUCAUCGAAGGCAUCAUCACCGCCGUCUUCGGCCUUCUCGUCCUGGUCAUCCUGAUCGACACGCCCGAACGACCCAAUCGAUGGCUGACGGCCGACGAAAGACGGUACUGCGAGCUGCGUCUGAAGGUCGAGCAAUCCGCCCAGACCCAGAAUGACAAUUGGGGCCAGCAGCGCUUCACCUGGCGCGCCCUGUGGGACAUCUUCACCGACUGGCAGUUCUACCCCAUGGCCUUUGUCUUCUGGUCCAAUACGGUGACUGGGUACGGGCUGAAGUUCACCAUGCCGCAGAUCAUCCAGAAUAUGGGGUUUAGCUCGAGUAAUGCGCAGUUGAUGACGAUCCCCCCGUACUGCUGCGGCGCUAUCAGCGCAUACGUGUUUGGUCGUUUGUCGGACAAGUUUAGACGAAGGUCCUACUUUCUGCUCAUUCCGCAGACCUGCCUCGUAAUCGCCUUCGCCAUCCUCGCCCCCCUAGCCCCCAAAAUUAAAUCCCACGUCGGCGUCUGCUUCUUCGCCGUCAUCCUAGCCUGCAUCGGGCUGUACCCAAUCCAGCCAGGCUCCAGCUCAUGGAUCGCCAACAACCUCGCCGGCCGCGUACGGCGCGCCAUCGGGCUGGCCUACGCCUUCUCGCUCACCAACGUCGGCUCCGUCGGGGGUUCAUACAUCUACAUCGCGUCCGAGGCGCCGUCGUACCCGACGGGCUUUGGAUGCUCGCUCGCGUUUUCCGUCGCGGGCAUCAUUGCCGUCAUUGUCCUGGACUUGAACUACAGCCGGCUGAAUCGCAAGCGGAGCAGGAUGUCCGAGGAGGAGAUUCGUAGGAAGUAUUCGGAUGAGCAGCUGGCGAGUAUGGGCGAUAAGUCGCCUUUGUUUAGAUAG